GAGACAAUUUUCUGCCUCCCUCACGCUCCAGCGAUCGCAGUCACAGUGACUGCUGGCUUGCCUCCACACACAGGCACACACACUGAGUCACACACACUGCAGUAGAGCGCUCUCUCUCUCGCUCUCUCUCCCUCUUCCCCUCUCUCUCUCUCUCUCUCUCUCUCUCUCUCUCUCUCUCUGCCAGCAGUCGUCCCACCUUGCGAGCAGAAAACACUCCAUCGUACGGGACCGGCUGCUGCUUCCUUUGAAGCUCCGUCUCUCUGCUCAGUCUCUGCCAACCAGUCUCUCUAUCUCCCUCUCUCUCUCUUUCUCUCUCUCUCUCUGCUCAUCCCGCUCUCCCUCUCCCUCGCCGCUCAGACCAGGGUUGAGUAUUGUCGGGGUUGAGGGGGUUUGUGUUGUCAGUUAGAGGAGGGAACAUGCAGCAUCCUGGAGGAACAUGCGUGGCGUUACCCAACGUGGACGCCUGUCCUCAGCUGUCCUGCGCCGCCCUCACCUUCAUGUAUUUACAGCAGGGUAACCAGGACACCGCGGCACCCCCGGACCCAUCCAUGGCUCAGGCUUACCCAUCAGCCCAGUUCGCCCCCCCUCCCCAGAACGGCAUUCCUGCUGAGUUCACAGCUUCACACCCCCAUCCACAUCCACACUCCCACCCACAUCCACACCAGCACCCAGCAGCACCACAGGACUACACCGGUGUCCAGGCCUCCGUCAGCGAGCAUCCACUCAACAUGUACCAGUCCUCGCAGAGCCACAGUGAGCAGGGCGGGUCAGACGCCGGCAGUCAGACGGUCACCGGCACAGCCACACAGACAGAUGAUGCGGCGCAGACGGACAGUCAGCCGCCAACACAGACCGUACCUGAAAGCACAGACAGCAAGGCCCAGCCCAAGAGACUUCAUGUCUCCAACAUCCCCUUCAGGUUCAGAGACCCAGACCUCAGGCAAAUGUUCGGCCAAUUUGGCAAAAUCUUAGAUGUGGAAAUCAUCUUCAACGAACGCGGUUCGAAGGGUUUUGGGUUCGUAACGUUCGAGCAUAGCGUGGACGCCGACAGGGCCAGAGAGAAAUUACAUGGCACCGUGGUAGAAGGUCGUAAAAUAGAGGUCAACAAUGCAACAGCCCGAGUAAUGACAAAUAAGAAGACUGUCAACCCAUAUGCAAAUGGCUGGAAGUUAAAUCCAGUGGUCAGCGCUGUCUACAGCCCCGAAUUCUAUGCAGUCCCAGGUUUUCCCUACCCAGCAGCCAGUGCAGCAGCAGCGUACAGAGGAGCCCACCUACGGGGUCGAGGACGGACCGUGUACAACACAUUCAGGGCAGCUGCCCCACCCCCCCACAUCCCAGCUUACGGAGGUGUUGUUUACCAGGAUGGAUUUUAUGGUGCAGAUAUUUAUGGUGGUUACGCUGCCUACAGAUAUGCCCAGCCUACUGCUGCCACAGCUGCUGCAUACAGUGACAGAACGCCUUCGCCCCGCUGACAGAUGCCAAAACUCGGAGCCACGCCGACGAUGUGGGGCUGGUGCUGUCCUCUCUGCAGGCUAGUAUAUACCGAGGAGGCUACAGUCGCUUCGCACCCUAUUAGCAACACCUCCGACCUAAAGUCAACCUUCCAACAGGACAGAAAGAAAGUGUGUGUGCGCGCGAGUGUGUGAGUGAAUGAGAGAGAGAGUUACCAGAGGAGAGACGUUACUGAGGCCCGGGUAUUGCAAUACAUGCAGUUUGUGCAUCAUUUCAGCAUCUCCUAAGAGAGAGGUACAAAAAAAAAAAAAAAGAAUAAGAAUAAAAUGACAGCUGAUAUUUUUCAUCUUAUACCUCAGAUAUUUUGUGCUGUGUAUUUUGAUAUUGUGGGUUUUUAAUUUCUAAAGAUUUAAACGUAGAUGAUCAGCUGUAGAGGUUUUUCCAUGGUACUAAUAGAGAGCUGCUAGAGUCACGAUUAGGACACAGAGGAAUAUUUAUCAGAGUCAAAUUGUUAGGGCUUGUAUAGAACUCCAACCCUGUAACAUAAAGUCAUAGUCACACUUUGGGGUUUUUAUGUUUUCUAAGAGUGUUUAAGUGACUAUGCCAGUCAAGUGUUGUUGUUUUACUUCUCCCAGCUUCCUUUGGCACUUCCUCUGUCAGUUUAGCAAUGAUAGAUUUUUUUUUUUUUCUGUAGGUUUGGGAGGAAGCGAAGAAGACAAAAAGUUCCUCUCUGAACCUCUGAGGGUCGGCUGGAGUCAGAGCAGCUGAGAGCAGCAGUGAUUGAUUUUUUUUCUUGAAAUCACGACUUCCUGUCUCGUUAUCUUGAGAACAAACUCAGAAUUAAAGUAUUUUGCCGAACCAAGAUAAUAAUAAUCCGAUGUAGUAUCUGCAUAGUCGUGAUCAUUUCUUGUUUUCUAGCCGGAUUAUGUGCAACAGGAGGAUUUAAUAUAAAUUAUCAUAUAAUCAAAUCAUCAUUUUGACUUCAUAUUUCUUCAUUUCAAACAUUCGGCGUUGGUUUUUUUUUCACAUGAGCUCGUUUAUUCUGAAAAUAAUAAUUUUAAUUAAUAUUUGAAUCAAGAAUAAUAAUAUUUGAAAUAAUAUAAUAAUGAAUAAAUACAAUAAUAUAAUGAAUAAUAAUUUUGAAAUACAUGUAUUUUUUUUCAUGUUUAAGCAGCUUGUUUUCUUAUCACUGCACAUUCAUUACACUCAACACCAAAACAUUAACAAGUGUCAGAGUGCCCCUUCUUAUCUGAUCUGACUCCCACGAACACUUACCACAUUGGUUCCCAACCUGUGGGCCGGGGCCCUCUGGUGGUUCACGCAGGUGUUGCAAGAGGGCCGACAAAUCAUUUGCAAAAACUGUACAUUUUUGGGUGAAAAGAUGUAAUUAUAAAGGAAAUAAUAGGUUUAAUAAAAAUGAUGAUGAUAAUGAUGAUGAUGAUGAUGAUGAUGAUGAUGAUGGUGAUGAUGAUGAUGAUGAUGAUGAUGAUGAGCCAAAACAUGAAGUUCCUGCUUAUUUGUGUAACCAGCUAAAGUAGAACUUCACAGGAUGCUCCACGUCCCUCAUUUUAAAGCUUCUGAUAUUUCCCCUCUAAAACAACACAAAACCUAAAAUCACAACUUUAUUCUCAUUAUAUUAUGACUUUAUUCUUGAAAUUUCACAUUUUUUCGUCAGUGUGGCCCUAAUACUUCGCCGUGCCCGUCACUGAUAAACUAAUGGUUAAAUGAAAGGAAAAGAAAGUCCAGAGACAGAUGGAGAAUCAACAUGUGAGCUCAGACAGCGUCCCCUGCUUCACUUCAGUCCUGAAUGUUUGAUCAUAAUCAUUCAAAUAAAAAGUGCUCUGAGAAGACAUUAUUUGACCUCUGUGUUCUUACGGGGUUGGAUUUGGACCAUGAGCUGGAAAAGGUUGGGAACAUCCGUCACAGACAUUUAACAUAAGCAAAACGUCAGUGUGCCCCUUCUGAUCUGAUCCCACCACCACAAACACCUACAACAUCUGUUUCUGUGGCUACAUUGAUUAGCCGGGCUAAUGAUAAUAAUACUAAUAAUAACAAUCGCUCAUAAAUACAAGAUAAACAAGAUGAGGUCUCAAGUUUGGUGAAUGUUGUCUUUGUUGUUAUAACGACACAAACUGUGUCUCUAACGACUGUGUUUCUGCUCUUCCUUAAGUAUUCUCAAGAUAACGAGAUAAUGAAGUCAUGAUCUCUAAAUAAAAUAACAGCUGUUUCCAGUCAGAGCUGCUCUCAGUGUAGUUUAGUUUCUUUUUCAGGGAGAGACCGCUGUGAGUCAGGCUGUAGAUUUAUUGACUAAAUAAUGAGGUUGUAUCUUACACCACUUAAAGCCAAAGGUUCCUGUGGACAUAUCUGGCGUGUUUCUGUGUAUAAGAUUCUACAUAGGUAUGAAUUAUGAGAUAAGUUAAAAAAAAAAAAAAAAAUUAAAAAAAAAAAAAAAAAAAGGAUUGCCAUGGCAACUAAACUGUUCAACCAUUUAAUUUCUUGGUUAGACGUGAAGAAAAAUUAGGGCCAGGUGAAAACAAACAAACAAAAAAAAACACACGACAGGUAAACGUCAGGUUCUAGGGGGAAGGAGGUCAAACUUCACUGAAUCACUGAAUUCUGGCCAACCAGACGUAGAUGUUUUUUAUAUAAACUUCCAGUAUAUUCAUUGGUAUAACUGAUAAUUUUUAUAUUACAGGAGAGAUUUAAAAAAUAUAUAAAGCAGUGGCCGAAGCCGCUGGGUCUAUUUUAUCAUUUUGUUAAUUUUGUUUUUGCCUUUGUUUUUGUUUUUUUUUUUGUUUAUUUUUUUGUUUUUUCUUUCAUAAUCAAACUUUAUGGGGGGUAAAGUAUAAUAAUCCAACAAUGUAUUAUAUUUGAACUGUGCAGUGAAGAUGUUCUCUUAUAUGAAAUACACAAUGGUAUAAUGUUUUAGAUUUAGAUGAGUAGAUCAGUUGUUAGGGCGAGCUAUCUCAUUUUCUAUCAAAUCAUAUUCUGAUUUUUAUUAACUCUUUACAGAUAAUGUAAUCACCGUGUAGAUACUCUCAUCUUUUAUUAUCAUUGUUAUUUUUUUAUUUCUGGUCGGCUGUACCGUUUUGCACAUUGUAAUUUUCACGUAAACCUGACACAUAUCAGUGCUGUAGUUGUAAUUUUUCAGUUCAGAUUUUUGUUUCUUAAUGUGACAUCCUGUCUGUUAUUUUCUAGAACUCAGACUUUACUCUUUGAAAAAUUAACUGUUUGAAUAUUACAAUACAUAAAUAAAUAUGGGAAAUAACUGAUUUGUGAACAGGCUUAUCUCUGAUGUAAAUAGAAGUUAAUGGAAUAAAUCUGUAGUGUAUUUGAAAAGCGCUACACGGGCGACGGGAGCUCGGCUACGGCUGCACUGCAAGCCAGCCUACGGGCCGCUUCCCGCACCACAUUCUGUUUACAACUAUUCCCAAUUAGUGGUGUCGUUACAUAUCUCUCCUUUUUUGUAUUUAUAAUGAAUUAGAUAGGAACAACUCUCAGAUGCAUCACAUUAUUAAAAAAAAAAAAAAGGCAGCAGUAAGAGCCGCGGUGGCCCGUGUGGCUCGGCCGGUUCAAACCGUCGUCUGUGUGCUGUGUGUGAGGACUGGAGACUGGAUGACUCACAGUCCUCACCAUGCUGAAUGUCUGACUCCGCAACUACUUUAUCCAAGCUCUGCUUCCAGUAGGUGUUGUGGUUCAAAACAAGGCUUCCUACUUCCUACUCAUUGUAUGUGCAUGUACUAUGGUUCUUCCACUAAUCAAUAACCAUCAAUAAAGUUUUGUUUUCUCAAGA